UCGCCAACCCACCAUCACCCAAUUCCACACCUCUCUUCCUCUAUCUGUCAUGGCUCUCUGCAAUAAGACCAUGCUUUUUUCCCUCUUCUUCACCUUCUUUUCCCUCUCAACCCAACGACAACAAAACGACACACUUUCUCUGUCUUUCCCUCUCAUUUCAGUUUCUCUCCGUCCAAACACCUCCUCCACAGCUCUCAACCCUUCCCUCGUUUCCCAGGCCAGGCGAAACCCAAGGCUCAGGACCCCACAGUACAACUACAAAACGACGUUCACGUAUUCGGUGGCUCUGAUCGUUCGGCUCCCCAUAGGGACACCACCGCAGACCCAAGAGAUGGUGUUGGACACUGGCAGCCAACUCUCGUGGAUUCAGUGCCACAACAAGGCCCCAAGGAAGCCCCCUCCUACGGCGUCGUUUGACCCCUCUCUUUCCUCUUCUUUCUCUGUUCUCCCUUGUAACCACCCUAUUUGCAAGCCCCGAGUUCCCGAUUUUACCCUCCCAACUUCCUGCGACCAAAACCGCCUCUGCCACUACUCCUACUUCUAUGCAGACGGGACCUUGGCCGAGGGCAAUCUCGUCCGAGAAAAAUUAUCUUUUUCCCGUUCCCUUGUUACCCCGCCUUUGGCACUCGGCUGCUCUCAGGAUUCUAGUGAGUCCAAGGGUAUUUUGGGAAUGAAUACUGGACGCUUGUCGUUUGCUUCCCAGGCCAAAAUCUUGAAAUUCUCGUACUGCGUGCCCACCCGCCUGACUCGACGCGGGGCCUUGCCAACCGGGUCCUUCUAUCUCGGCAACAACCCGAAUUCGGGCGGGUUCAGGUACGUGGACCUCUUGACUUUUCCUCAGAGCCAGCGGAUGCCAAACUUUGACCCUCUGGCGUACACCGUUGCGAUGCAAGGGAUAAGAAUUGGCGGGAAACGGCUGAACAUCCCGCCGUCCGUUUUCCGACCGGACGCUAGCGGUGCGGGUCAGACCAUGAUCGACUCAGGGUCCGAAUUCACGUAUCUGGUGGAGGAGGCGUAUAAUAAGGUGAGGGAGGAGAUAGUGAGACUGGUGGGCCCGAAGCUAAAAAAGGGUUACGUUUACGGAGGAGUGUCCGAUAUGUGUUUUGAUGGCAAUGCGAUGGAGAUCGGACGGCUGGUAGGGGACAUGGUUUUUGAAUUUGGGAAGGGGGUGGAGAUUGUGGUGGAAAAAAAUCGGAUUUUAGCUGAGGUGGGAGGUGGGGUCCGAUGCAUCGGCGUCGGACGGUCAGAUAGGCUAGGGGCUGCGAGCAGUAUAAUCGGAAAUUUUCAUCAGCAAAAUCAUUGGGUGGAGUUUGAUCUGGCCAAUCGUAGAGUUGGGUUUGGUAAGGCUGAUUGUAGCAGAUCAGUGUAGUGGGGGGCAGAGUGUAUUAAUGUGUAGCACUGUACAAAAUAAAAUAUCAGGGUGGGGUCAUCUUGUGUGAUGAUUUUAUCGAACGGUCUAUAUAUCAAAUCAACCUUACUAGAAAGAGAAAAAAAAGAAAAGAAAAGAAAUCAUCAAAAGGCCAUGUGAUAUGGUGGCUAUCAACGGUUAGGGCCAGUCCAAGUGUUGUAUUAUAAAAUCGAGAGUAAUGUAUAUAUGAGGGGAUGUGAAGUAUGUUUAGAUAAGUUGUGCAAUGCAUUUGUGCUUUAGUUUGUGGAGUACUACUCAUAAAAAGUUAUUACUAUUUUUGAAAGAGGCUUUCUUUUCA